AUGAACCACAAUUUGAAUAGCAAUAUCGGGAGGAAUAAAGUCGAGGUCGACUUGAGUGCUCGCGAGUCGCUGGACUCGUUUGCAAUUUUGAACUUUCGAAUGAAUCAGAAUUUGAAUUGCUACUACUCUGGGAGGAAUAAAGCAUGGGGCAGUACCCAAUUACUAGUCAAGCGCGUUGGGCCCCGCGCAGGCCUUGAGCACCGGACUCCAAAUCCACUGCACCAGAAACCGCCGCCCCCGCCGGCCGUGCAGGUUGAACGUCCUCCCGCCGCCGUCCCUCAUCACCUGCCCAAUGUACCCGCCGCCGCCGCCCGUCCCGUACAGCCCCUCGCACAGGUCCCCGAUCUCCGUCGGCGCCGUCGGGUCCUCGCCGGCGUACCACGCGUUGAUCAGCGGGUUCGAAGAAAGCUCCGCCAGCUCGUGCCCGAUCACGCUGAUCAUCCCGUCCACUCCGGCGUCUCCGUUAGGCGGCCUCAGCGCCGUCGUACCCCCGCCGGCCAUGUACGCCGGCACGGCGAAUGGGUAGGCGCACACCUCCGGGCACUGCCGGCCGGAGUUCCCGACCCACGCGUACGGCAGCGUGCUUCCCGCCACCGACGGGAAGGUGAAGUAGUGGAAGCCGCAGACGGCGCGGCAGAAGUCCUGCACUGUGACGCCGGCGGCGGUGAGGACGAGGUAGACCCCGUUCCGGUGGUCUGCGGGGAGUGGCCCCGACCGGACGGCGGCGGCGAUGACCCCCUGCAUCGAGAGGCGCGUGAGGGAGGCGCCGUGGGAGCAGUUCCGGUCGGCGUGCUCGCCGGCGACGACGACGGAGCGGGAGACGUUGGCUCCGGUCUGGUCGGUGUAGAGGGAGACGGUGCGCCACCAGUCGGCGACGCUGGGGGAGGGAGCGGCGCGGUGGUCGGAGAUGGAGAGGAGGAAGUCGAGGAUGAGGAGGCGCUGCGCGUCGGGCCACGCGCCGUACCAGAUGAGGUAGAGCUUGAUGGGGGCAGCGGAGAGGACGGGGCCCAUGUGGUAACGGAGGUCGACGAGCUCCGACGAGCCCUCAUACCUCUUGGAGGAAGAGAGGGAUCUCGGCGGGAGCUUGGGGUUGCAGGUGGUGGCGGCGGCGCCGCCGUUUUUUUCGACGGGUGGGUGUAUUUGAAGGGUUUGGUGGUGGUUUCCGGCAGCUAG